GUCAGUCAGUGUCCGUCAGUUUCGAUUUGUGUUGAAUUCUGAAUUCAAAUUUUUAUUUUGAUGUUGAAUUCCGUGAAAUGAAACAGAAGACUUGUUUGAAUGAUCUGCUUAGUUUCAUGAGGAAUAAAAGAGAUAAAAAGUAGUGGAGCAAACUAAAAAUCUACCAGAAAUCUACAUAUUUGGAAUCCGGUGUUUUCGUUCUCCGCUCUUCAGAAUUUCUAAGAUGAAAAAUCUUUAGGCUGCCUCAUUUCAUAACUUUUAUAAUAAGUGGAAUAGUUUGACAAAAUAGAAAGCGAUGAUUCUAAAACAUUAUGGUGUUGAGUACAGAAUGGUCACAAGUUGAAGUGAUAGAUCUCGUAAAUGACGGUUCUGGACUUGGAUUUGGUAUUGUGGGAGGUAGAAGUACAGGAGUAGUUAUAAAAUCUAUACUUCCUGGUGGCAUAGCAGACAAAGACAAUCGAUUACAAAGUGGGGACCAUAUACUGCAGAUUGGAGAUGUCAACCUUAGAGGUCUUGCAGCUGACCAAGUUGCCACUGUCUUGAGGCAAGCAGGGCAAGAAGUUAGAAUGUUAGUAGCCAGACCUGUGGAACCUUCAUCAGCCGACUUUCACAAUUUGGACUUCACUGCACCCAUAGUGCCUACAAGAAUCUUAACAGAUCCUGAGGAAUUAGAUCGAACUCUUCUACAGAAUGGUUAUUCAGCAUUUUGCAAUUUUAAUAGAAAAUAUAGUUGUAUAGAAGAUGAAGAAGAUAUUCAGUACAACAGCUCUUUAGAUCUUCAAACUUUUAAUGGAAUAAAUGAUGCUGAACAUGAAACAACUGUAACUAUAAAUAAUUCAAGAAAUCAAAAUUGUAUCUCUCCUGAUAGUAUAAAAGCAUUAACUCAUGCUCCUAUCGAAUUAGAAUAUACAUUACCAGAGAAUGAAAAAUUUUCAGUAGAACUGAAAAGAAAUGAAUAUGGUUUGGGUAUAACUGUAGCAGGAUAUGUUUGUGAAAGAGAAGAUUUAAGUGGAAUAUUCGUGAAAAGCCUAAGUGAAUGCAGCGAAGCAUUCAAAUGUGGUAAAAUUCAAUUAAAUGAUAGAAUUAUAGAAGUUGAUGGAGAAUCACUUGAGAGUUGUUCGAAUCAUGAGGCUGUUGAAAAAUUGAAAAAAACUGGUGAUAUAGUGAAACUUACAUUUGAAAGAUUUUUAAGAGGACCAAAAUUUGAACACUUGAGGGAGGCCUUAGCUAGCCAGGAAGAAAAUGAUUUAAGCCCACCUUCACCUUCAGUUACUACUUUAAGCUGGAUACCUAUUGAGAAUAAUGAGUCCCCGGCUGAACCAGAAAUAGAAUCAAUUAGUGAGAAUAGCGAGAUAUACGAGCAAACCAAUAACAAUAAAGAAAUAUUUAUCGAAGAAAACUUUGAAGCAAAUCUUGAGGAUGACCUGGAAACGGCUAUAAAGAAAAAGUGGGAAGUUCUUGUAGAAUCAGACUGUGAAAUAGUUGUAGCUAACUUGACAAAACUGAGGGGUUUGGGAAUUAGCUUAGAGGGAACUGUAGAUGUUGAGAAUGGUGUGGAAUUGAGACCACAUCAUUAUAUCAGAUCGAUUUUACCUGAAGGACCUGUCGGACAAAAUGGAAAAUUGUGCUCUGGAGAUGAAUUGCUAGAAGUUAAUGGCCAGAAACUUUUAGGAAUUAGGCAUGUUGAAGUGGUUAAAAUUCUCAAGGAAUUGCCCAGCACUGUAAGAUUGGUCUGUGCAAGGAAAAAUAAAAAUAGGGUUAUAAACACAUCUCAAGAUAUCGAAGGUUUUGAGGCUAGAAAUAUACUAGGUGGCAGUUUGAAAAAUAUUCUUCCUCAACCUGAGCAACGCUUAUUAAAAGCUUUAAGUGAUACAAGUAUUAAUACAUCCAGUACUUUGACAGUAUCAGAUGAUCUCAGCCUAACAAAAGAAAAAUCAAGAUCAAUGGAAGAUUCUAAAAUAGCAAUGUGGCAGGAUGAAAUCCAGUAUAUUGAACUUACUAAAGGUGAUAGAGGAUUUGGAUUCUCAAUUCUAGAUUAUCAAGAUCCUGUUGAUUCCAAAUCUACAGUUAUCGUUGUGAGAAGCUUGGUUCCUAAAGGUGUAGCUGAGCAAGAUGGAAGGAUAACACCUGGCGAUAAAUUGGUUAGUGUUAAUAAUAAGGUGAUCAAUAAUGUUACUCUAGAUGAGGCGGUACAAGCAUUGAAAUGUACCUUGCCAGGACCAGUCAAGUUAGGGUUUUGUAAGCCGUUGCCCCGUUGUAGAGUAGCAGCAGACAGUACCCAGUGAUUUCUUCAGGAUUUAUCGAAGGUUAUUCCUCAUAUUGAUUUCAAUAUAUUCAUUAUUUUUAUACAUAUUAUGAAAUUUUCAAACUUGAUGAAAAGAUGAUUUGAAAGUAUUUUCGGUUGUCUAGCAAUUUUUGUGUUUUUUAAAUAGAUAUUUCAGCAAUAAUUUUGUCUUCCAAAGACGAUGUUUAAUUAUACUUUCAUACAUGGUCUGCUUUAUAAGUUUUGUAAAUAACAUUAAGAAAAAGGUUUUAUUUGUUGUGAUUGGUUUUUGCAACUUCGGAAACAAGAAUUGUUCUAUCCAAAAUACCUUUUUGCACGUGUUCAGUUUUUCUUUUACCGACUUGUUUAGUUGAACAAAAGCUGCCUGAUUUGAAAUGAUUAUGACCCUGUUAAGGUCCGCCAAUUCAGCUGAAGGCAUUUCUCAUCAAAUUCAAAAAAACAAUUCUAUUUUUAACGCACCCAUUUUAAGGAAAAGUGCAACUGAGUAUCGGAAUAUUUUCCCUGAUAAAAUGCAAGAGAUCUUUAUUGCAUGGAAUCUGUCAAGCUGUAGCAGAAAUCGUACCUCCAACUUCCCAAAAGAAAAAAUAAAUAUUUAUUAAAAUCGUUAAAUAAAUAUGAAAUUUUGUAGGUUGUGAGAUUAUACUUGCAGGCAAGUAUUAUAAAUUUAGAUAUACCUAAUCGAUGCUUGAAUAGGCAAGCAUUCAAUGAAGAUGAAAUCAUCGGAAAUUCCAUGUUUAUUUCGUUUAGGAAUUCGUUCAUCUUUCCAUCUACGAUAAGUUUCAAUAGACGUUGAAGGGGUAUACUGUAUAUGCUUUUUGUAACAGUUUAAAAAAUUCGCUAGACACUAUUUUUAGUCUGGGAAUUAUGGAUAUUUAUAUUGAUUGCUCGAAAUUAAUGACCUAGAGAUUUACAAUAGUUACAGGAUUUUAUAUUCUAGUUCCUUCUAAUAGAAACUUAAAAGUGGUUGUGAAAUUCCAUUCAAAAUACUUAAUUUAUAAACUUUGUAGAUGAAAAGACAUGCUUAACUAAUAUUUACUUGUAGUAAGUUGUCAAAUCAACAAAGAGACAAAAGUAGAUAAGUAAUACACAAAUUUGAAUGCUUCUUAAGUUGCACGCUUAUGUUAACUAUACCGUUGAUCUCAUUUAUAAGUCUAGAUAUAACAAAAUGAUGACAAAAAUAAAAACAGCAUAGAAAUAAUGACGAUGACAUUCUUACAUAAAAUCAAGAAUAUACAGCAAAGAAGGUGCAAUAGGAGAUUCAGAACUUCUGAAAGAAGUACUUGGGUUACUUCGGUAUUCACAUUAGCGUGCAUUGGCGUAGUUAUUUUAAAAUUAGGCGGUGCCGUGCAAUAAAUUUAAACAAUUUUACUUCUUAUCUAUUAUCUCGACUAACUCAUAAAAGUAUCUUGAGCACUUCCAGUGACCUAGUCAUUCGAUGAACAACGUUUUCGCACCAAAGUUGAAGUUAUUUCAACUUAUCUUCUUUAUAACUUAACCCAUUGUCUAUUAUACGCCACUGAUAACGAACAGAGUUCUGUCAGUGUGUUUGACCUUGCCACCUUCUACGUCAUCACCUUUUCACUCUGAAAUGAAUUGCACCUCCUUUACUAUAUCUUCUUGCAUGAAAUCAACUCUUUACUCUGCGUAAAAACAGAGAAGAAAUUCUUAGGUGCUUUGGAAUCGGUAAUAUGAAUUCCACAUUAUCAUAUUCUAUCCAGUUCUAGUAUAUAUUAUAUCGUUCCUUUGAAAAUAAUUACCUUAGAAUAGAAAACCAAUAUAUUUGAUAUUCAAAUUGAAUAAACACUCACUCAAACGAAUGCUCAAAAGCAUGUUUCUCUAAUUGAUGGACAAUAUUAAUAAAAAAAAACAAAUAUGAGCACAAUCACCUUGCCUUUUUCCAACCUCCGUAGCUCUAAGUAACAUCAAGUGCACACUAUGAAAAUGAACGUAUUGACUCAAAAUUAUGGGCACAAGUUUUACAAAUUAUUGUAAAUGUUGAGAAUGUUAUGUUUUAACCCAGUUUGUCAUGUGAAAAAAUUUAAUGACGCAGUAUUUAAAAAAACUUCUAGUCAUGUUUAGAUUAUUUUGAAAUAAAGACUAAAAUAG